GUGCAUAUGAGAAUGGAGUAAACCUUGGUGGGAAUAGGUCUGUUGACCGAAAACAAAUUCAUCUAGCCAUCUGUUUGCGGGGAACAUACGAUUCCACCAUCAACCCUCCACAAACUUUGAUCUUCACUUGACUUGAUGCCCUCUAACAUCAAAAACAAAAUAAAAUUUAAAAAAUUCCCUGUAUUUCUCUCUAACUCAGAACCUAUUUUUGCUUAUUUUCUUUUAACAAAUUUUGCUUUCAGAUCUACUUCUCUUAAUUGCCUUUUUAUUUGAUAAAAUUUUUAACCUUUUUCUGUCAGACUUUCUUCAUUCAUUCAUUAACUGGUUGUACUGUGUUUUGUCUUUAGAUCUGGUCAUGUAAACCCAGGUUCUGUUUAGAAUUAAACGUCACUUGUGUUCCUUUUUUUUGAUAAAUUUAUUUAUUUUUAUUAUUAAAAUUUUCGAUGGAUUUGGAUGAAUUUCGAUCUAUUCUUGACUCGGCGAACAUGGACGUGUGGACGUUUAUUGACACGGCGAUUCUGGUGGCGUCGCUGGACUACACGGCAGAGCUGAAGCAGCGCCGGGAUAAGAUUGUGGAGAGGCUUUACGCCACGUGUAUUUCUACGCGGUGUCGAAACUGUGACUUCGGUGACCGGGGAGAUAGUCGGCCUAAUGGAGAUGACAUUAAGAUUGAGAAGGAGAUUGAACAUGACGGAUUGAAUAAAGGACACGUGUCGCCCUACACUCCCCGUUCAGUUGAUGAUGAUGAUAACGAUCAUGAUCAAGAUGAUGAUGUGGAUCCUUAUUGCGGUCUGUUUGAUGAUGAACAGAAAAGAAUUCUUGAAAUUAAAGAGCAUCUUGAAGAUCCUGACCAGUCUGAAGAUUCUCUGAUUGAUCUUCUUCAAAAUUUGGCAGACAUGGAUAUGACAUUCAAAGCUUUAAAGGAGACCGAUAUCGGGAGGGAUGUGAAUCGAUUGAGAAAGCAUUCAUCAAAUGAUGUUCGAAAAUUAGUGAAGCAUCUUGUUAGGAAAUGGAAGGAGAUUGUAGAUGAAUGGGUGAGAUUGAAUCAACCCGGAGAAAUUGGAGCCUCGGCAAUAAUGGAUGGAGACUCACCCCAACAAAAGAUUCCCCAGAAUGGGCAUCACCAGGUUCCUGAUUUUGCAUACUCUCCAAAUCCUCAGAAUGGAAGUUCGGGGUCAGACAGGAAUAAUUCAGAGCUGGAAAGGAAGCCAAAACUGAAUCUGAAUACAAACCCGAAUCUGUCCCGGAAAGAAGCUGCUGCUUCUAAACCUCCAACGGCUCAUGUUCCUGCAAGUGUACAGCGGAUGAGAGAACAACAACAGCAACAAAAGGAAAAAAAUUUUGAUUCCGAUAGGCUUGCUUCAGCUAGAAAACGGCUUCAAGAGAGCUAUAAAGAGGCUGAAAAUGCCAAAAAGCAAAGAACAAUUCAGGUGAUGGACAUUCAUGAGAUACCAAAGGCAAAGCCAAAAAAUUCCUUCUUUGGAAAGAACAAAAGCGGUGGACCACAAGGAGGCAGGCAUUGGUGAAUGAAUUCGGAAAAGACAAGAUCAUCCCACAAAAAAAAAAAAAAAAAAAGGGCGUUUAUGGGUACACCGGAAAAACCCAAAGACCGGUUUUUUAUUAUUUCUUCUCUUCUUUGUGAAGAAAAAACAAUUUCCUCUUGAUUAAUAGCUAAGUAAACAAAGUAAAAUAGGUUUUCUUUUCUUCUCCUUUUUGUGGUGGGAAAAAUACGAUCAUAUUAGGGUUAUAUAAGCUUAGAUGUAAUUUAUUUUUGGAAAUUGAGGGAUGAAAAAAAAAAAAGAAUUAAAUACUUUUAAUCGGGA